AUGGAAAGUAAUAUAAUUAGAUGGUUAAAUAAUAGCAAAGAUUCUAUUUUGGAUUCAAUUUUAAUAGUUUCAGGAAAUGGUUUUUUUAUUUCCAAAUUAAAUUUGAUGGAAUUUGCAUCCUCAAAAAGAUCAUAUUUAAAAAAAUUUAGAAAGGGUUUAACUAAAGAUCAAAGUGAAUUGUUAAAAAGCCAAAUCUUAAAUGUUUUACCAAGUUAUUAUAUAAAUAAUACUAGUGCUAAUGACAAUGAAAUAAUGUAUAGUUAUAACAAUGGAAAAGAAAAUAACCUUAGAUUUGAAAGUUCAAUAAGACAAAUAAUUGAUAAUAAUUUGGUAUUAAAUAGAAACCAUUUUGUAAAGGUUAAUAUUAGCAACAACACCAACAACAACAACAAUAAUAAUAAUAGCAACAAUAAUAAUGAUAACAAUUAUGUUAAUUCUAUUAACAAUAAUAACUAUAUUCCAACAGGAGAUCAAGUUUCAAUUGACAUUAAUAAACUUCAAAAGAUUCAAAAAGAGUGUUCUGAAUCGUCAAGUAAUGGUCCUUGUAUAGUAAAGAAUAAUGGUAUAAAUGAAAUUUCAGUUAUUGAAUUGGUACCAGAUAGUGCUAAGAAUUAUUUCAAUAAAAACAUUCCCUUGGAGAUUUCAAAGUUAAUGGACCCACAAGAGUAUUAUAUGUUUAUUUCAAAACUAAACCAAAUCUAUUCCGGAGAUAUUUUUAUUUUAGUGUAUAUUAUAAUUUAUUUACUUUCAAUAGGAUGUGUUGGUUUAGUUGCAUUUACUUCAAGUAGAGGAGAUGAUGUUAUAAUUGCAUGUAUCAUUUUCUCAGUCAUUACCGUAUGUUUCUUUAUAUUUUACUUUAUUUAUUGCCUCUAUCUCAAAUACAUUCCAUUAACAAGGGCUGUUCAUCAUAAGAAUUUAAAAUUAAUUAAACAAAACUCAAGACUAGAAUUUUCAUUGGUAUAUAAACAAGUUAAAUUUCCACAAACUCGUGAUACAAUGACCCUUCAAAUUUUAAUUUUAAAUAAUGAUAAAGCAGCCACUAACAACGACCAAAAAGAAAUUGAAAAGGAUAAUUUAAGAGAUGAUAUCAUUAAUGAAACAAUUAAUAACAAUCUCAAUAAAUUAAAUCAAAUAGAUAAUGUUUAA